AUGCCUUGCCUGUUAUUGCAGUUCUACACUUUCACUUGCCGGAAAACGGUAUCUGUGUCUAUCGCCCUACCACGUUCUCUGCUCACUCGACUGCCAGCCUUUAUCGCCGGGCCACAACUCCAACCGUUUGUAUUGUCUUUUCGUCGACGGCGUGAACAUGCGAAUGGUAAUCGAGUUGCCUACGCUGACUGCUGUUGCCUGUACGAGCUAAUCAAAGGGUUGUUAUGUGUUGACGAUCACUGGAGGGUGGGGGAAGGGAAAAUUCUGGCUAAGUGGAAUCCAGAACGGAUGUGGCCUUGGUUCCUUGUGCAGAUAUUGCUGCGGCUGCGGCGGCGACGGCGGCAGUGGAGAUACAGCAGGCAUCAAUGCGCCUCUGACCUGCAUUGCAUAUGCCAUGUGGAAUCAGUCAACCCUUGA